CAAGCUCAAGAUGAAAGUCGCAAUUUUUAUUACACUGGCAGUUUUGGUGGGCAGCAGCGUUGCUCUGACGCUGGAGCGGGCUGGUCCACCACCCAAAAAGAAUACUGAGGAGCGCCCAGUGAAGAAGACUCAGAAUGUCGUGGAAAUUGUCCCUUAUCAUCCUGAGGAGGAGAAGCACAUGGAGUUUGAGAUCAAAUACGAGCAGCCCAAUCAUCAAAAGCCAGAGCAUAUUGAGGUUGAAGUUGUGCAUGAGCACCAGCAACAGAAACCUCAACAUAUUGAACUGGAAGUGAUUGUUGAAUCCGACAAGAAGCCAGUACACCAACUGGUUGAACUCGAGAUCAAGCAGGAGCAGAAGCCACAUCAUGUUGAGGUUGAGAUCAAGCAGGAGCAAAAGCCACAUCAUGUUGAGUUUGAGAUCAAGCAGGAGCAGAAGCCACAUCAUGUUGAGUUUGAGAUCAAGCAGGAUCACAAGCCACAUCAUGUAGAGUUUGAGAUCAAGCAGGAGCAGAAGCCACAUCAUGUUGAGUUUGAGAUCAAGCAGGAUCACAAGCCACAUCAUGUAGAGUUUGAGAUCAAGCAGGAGCAGAAGCCACAUCAUGUUGAGUUUGAGAUCAAGCAGGAGCAGAAGCCACAUCAUGUUGAGUUUGAGAUCAAGCAGGAGCACAAGCCACAUCAUGUUGAGUUUGAGAUCAAGCAGGAGCAUGCUUCAAAGGACCACAGCGUCUCGCAGUUCGUGUCACUUUAAGUCUGCUGAUUAAUUCAGUAAAUUCAGUAUCUAUAUAUAUAUAUAUAGGUUGGAAAAAUGUCCGCAACUUAAUAUAUCUUAUUAGAAGAGCGAAAAA